UGGGGGAGGUUGAGAUGGGGUGAAUGAGCCGCUUGUCUGUCCCUCUGCUGUCCUCUCUGGCCUUGCCUGGCGCUUGGUGCCUGGCAUCCAGUGGGAUUUCCUUCUCACAACGACCUCUGCCAUCCGUGCAUUAGCAUUUUUUACUGCAGCAGUGGCAACACUCGGCGCGUACGGGUCUUACUAUGCAGGGAGUGGGGAAGACAGAGAGAGGGGAGCAGGGCCGAGACAUCGACCUGACAUCGCUGAGAUCCACCAUGCCAGCCAGCGGCCCUCUGCAGGGAGGUUCAGCCUCUAACCUGAACAUGAACCUGUAUGCCACCAAGAAGACAGCAGCUGAGGGCAUGUUGGACAUCGCCCUGUUCCUGGCUAACAUCACGCACAUGAAGACCGUCAUCGAACAGGGAGCUGGAUACAGGUACUAUGCCGCUGUUCUGACGCUCAUUUCCUUCUCGCUGGCUCUUCAGAUAGUGGCCGGAGUCCUGAUCAUCAUCAUCGCCCGCAGGGACCUGAAUGUGGUGUCCAAUCAGAAACGACUCGACUACCUGAACAACGUCGCCACAGGCGUCAUCUUCGUCACCACGGUGAUUAACUUCUUCGUCAGCUUCUUCGGAUCCAAGAGGACCGGCUUCUUCCGCUGGCUGCUGGCUCGACUCCACUUCUGACACACACAAAAGUUAAAAGCGCUUGUAUAUCAAACACAUUCACACACAUGCCUCAUCUGUGCGGUUGCUGAUUCAAAGUUAAAACAUAAAAUUUGUAUGAAGUAGAGAGACAUAAGUCACAUGUGUUCAAACAUCACAUCUUAUUUAUUAUUCAGGUGAACUUUGCUAUAAUCCAACUAAAACAUAUUUACGAUAACAUACUGAACAUCUAUUCAAAUAUGAAUUAUUUUAUUUUUCUGCAUAACAUGCUUGAUUUUAAUUUCUAAAACAGUGCAUGUGUUCCAUUGUGUGUAUUUCAAACUAUUUACACUUGAUAAUUGUUUUUUUGAUGUUUCAUAGUCUGUAAUAGAAAAAUUGAGAAAACCUGAUGUAAACCUAAAUGUUUUAUAUUACUGUAUAUAUCCUAAAAACUUGUUUUUACAAAAAAAAUGUUUUUAAGAUUCAACCUUAAAUAUUAGAGGCACCUGUACACACACAUUGUCCUACAGAAAGAUGAAUAAAUGAAGUGAUUUAACUGAA